UACACAGGUUUUGAGGUUAUUACUUAUUAUUUGUUGUCUCCGACUUCGUUCGUGCGAGUUUUGUGUUUAUUUUGUUCUAUAAAAUGCAAAAAAUUCUGAUACAAUAAGAAAGUAGUGGUAAAAUGAGUGACUUUGAGAAUGCCACGGAGGCGGCGUCCCUAGCUGUGACUUUCGAUCAGGCUGGGCAAUCGGAAAAAGCGGUAGAAUGUUACAGAACUGCUGCAAGACUUCUCGAUAGAGUUUGCAGUCAGGUGUCGCCAGAAAGCCAAGCAGAUCUACGACAAAAAGUUAAGGAGUAUCUUGGAAGGGCCACCUUCUUGCAGGAGCAAAAUGAAAGAGCCCAACAAGAAGAGAGCGAGCGACUGAUGCAAAAAUGUUACUUCCUCAUGCAACAAGCUUUAGAUGCUGAUGAAGCUAAUUUAAAGGACCUGGCAUUACAGCUGUACACUCAGGCUGUAGAAUUAGCUGUUAGUGUGAAAGUGAGCAACGCAGACAUAAAAACGAGGAUCAAUGGUUUAGCAGUUCAAGCUUUGGAUAGAGCAGAGGAAAUAAAGGGCAUUAAGAAAUUGGGCGCAUUAUCCAUCACUGGACCAAAACAACCUGCAAUAUCACCAAGCAGAGCACAACUCCAAAGAGAACAGAGUGUCCAUUUAAAGGUCACAGGCAAACAAGUGUACACGGAAGAAGAAAAAGAAGUAUUGCGUAUGACGUCCAACAUUAACAACAACUGUUUCCUACCAUUCAUGGACAUAGAUCUAUCAGAGAAGUUCCAAUAUGCCCUACCUUUCGAGGACAGAGCGAGCGAGUUGAAACUGUCAUCUAAGCAGGAGAAAGAGUUUGAUGGAUGGGUCCGCCCACAUGAGGUAUCCAGUGACCCUAAAAUGAUAGUCGGGGACCAUGUGGAUUGCUUCAGUAUUAAACAGACUAUAGUAUCGGACUGCUCAUUUGUGGCGUCUCUAGCGGUUAGCGCAUUGUAUGAGAGACGCUUUAACAAAAAGAUCAUAACAUCCAUCAUCUACCCCAAGAAUAAAAACAAGCAGCCUGUAUAUAACCCCUUCGGAAAAUAUAUGGUCAAGUUGCAUCUCAAUGGAGUUAGGAGAAAGAUAAUAAUCGAUGAUCGACUGCCCUACAGCAAAUAUGGCAGAUUAUUAUGCUCAUAUUCAAGUAAUAAGAACGAAUUCUGGGUGUCUAUGCUUGAGAAGGCUUACAUGAAAGUUAUGGGAGGAUACGACUUUCCUGGCUCUAACAGUAAUAUAGAUCUUCAUGCACUCACCGGUUGGAUUCCCGAGCGAUGUGCGAUCCGUGAUGGCGAGGCGGACUUCAACGCUGAUGCCCUGUACGACACCAUUCGCACGAGACUGGAGAGAGGGGAGGUGUUAGCCACCGUGGCCACGGGACAGCUAGAAGAUGCGGACGCGGAGCGGACGGGGCUCGUGGCCACACACGCAUACGCUGUACUGGACGUGCGACUUGUUAACGGAAUAAAGUUGCUAAAGCUGAAGAACCCCUGGUCGCAUCUUCGCUGGCGCGGCAACUAUAGCGAGCUGGACACUUUACACUGGACGGCGAACUUGCGCGCGCAACUGAACUACGAUCCCGAUAGUGCAGCGCAGUAUGACAACGGAGUGUUCUGGAUCGACUACGCGAGCAUACUCAAGUUCUUUGACGUUUUCUACCUCAACUGGAACCCGGAACUCUUCAAAUUCACAUACUGCAUACACCAGAAAUGGGAUGCAGGCAACGGGCCGGUUAAGGACGCGUACAAUGUCGGCGAAAACCCGCAGUUCACGCUACACGUGCAAGGCAAGGGCGCCGUGUGGUUGUUGUUGACACGACACAUCACACAGAUAGAUGACUUCCGAGACAACAAGGAGUACAUCACGCUGCUCGUGUACAAGAACGGACGACGCGUGUACUAUCCAUAUGACCCGCCUCCCUUCAUAGACGGGGUUCGUAUAAACAGCCCUCACUAUCUAUGCAAGCUGAUAGUGGGGGAAAAUAGCUGCGACAAAUAUACACUUGUCGUCUCACAGUACGAGAAGAGCCGAACGAUAUUUUACACGCUUCGAGCGUAUGCUACAUGCCCUUUCUCGAUGGGAAAGAUUGAGCCUUAUCCGUAUAGUAAGACGAUAAAAGGCGAGUGGGCUGGUAAAACCGCGGGUGGUUGCGAGAACCAUCGCCAGACUUAUCCAAACAACCCCAAAUACAUUGUAACCGUCCCUGAAUCGCGCAACCCGUGCAAUUUGGUUGCGCAACUCAAAGGACCCAAGCAGUAUCAGAUGGGUGUGGAUGCUAGGGUCGAGGCGUUGGACGACCCUAAUGUCACUGCGCCGUUCCUUAGAGAAUCUUCUGGGCCUUAUAGGUCUGGUUUCGUAGUACUGGAACUACGCAACCUCCCCGCGGGGCGGUACGUACUGACCCCUUCAACGUUCUACCCGGCUCAGGAGGGACCGUUUUUCCUAGAGCUCAAAUCCACUUGCGAGAUCACUUGCGAGGCUCGCUCCUAGACGCGGGCUGGCAGGAGGAAGGAAGAUACUUGUCAUUUGAGGAAUACUGUAUAAAAGCAAGCGUUCCUUUGCAGUAGUCCAUACAAGGAACCACAUGAUAUUGUAAGCUUUUUAUUCCUUGUAUUUGAGGAAUACUUGUAAUAUAUAAGUUUAAGUAGCUAGGCUGAGGGGAUGCCGCGUAGAAACCGAUCAGGGGUACGGUUUUAAAUGACUAUCCAAGAAUACUAAAACCAUUAUGUCGUAAACUGGGAAUAAAUAAAGUUUAUGCUGCUAUUAAAAAUCUAAAAUGUUUAAAUGAGGUUAAAUAAUAGUAAAUAUAUAUAUUCUAUAUUAUGGAGUUAAUGAUAAAUCAAAGACAUAUUAUUAAUUUUAAGGACUAAUGCAUUUUUUUUUGUAUUUUUUCAAAUAAAAUAAUAAAUUAUAAGCUUCAUCAAAAUAUUUUAAUUAUUUUAUGAUUGCGGAAUAGAAUGUUACACUUACUAAUGAAUUUGAUUCAUGUAUGUUAUGAUUAAAAGAUCUGUUUGUUUGUAAACGUUUUUAUUGUGUAUUUUUAUUGGAAAUAUAAAAAAUAAUAUUAUUAUUUACCCAAUUUAGUUAACAAUAUUAUUGUAGUAGAUUUAGAUAAGAAACUGCUUUUUGCUUUACUAGUGAUUAUUUUUAAAUGAAAUAUUAAUUUACAUACACAAAAUAUGUUACCCUAGUUAAUUAUUAUUUUAACACAAGACUGCUUGUUACUCUAGCUAAGAUAAUAUUAUGCGGAGCGCAGCGCAGAGCAUGCCCGCGAAGUUUUUUAAUCGCGUGACACAUUACGAAUUUCUACCAGAGAAUGCGCGAGCACGGGCGAGACUGCGCGCGCGCAAU